AUGGAUCCCAAUCUUCAAAACCUAGAAACCCCAGAAUCCAGUUCAGAAGACCAAAACCAAAACCAAAACCAGCAAGAAAAACAACUUGCCAUUGUCUCUUCAUCCCCAUUUGCCACUGCUUCUCUUUCUCUUUCUCUCUCCACCAUUAUACAAACCCAUUUUUUCACUCAACCCAAAAUCUCAACUCUUUUUUCCUCUCCACCUACCAAGGCUAAAAUAACAACUCAAGCCACCUCUCUAACUCACCUUUCUCUCACUUCCUCCACUUCCUCUCCUAAAAUCUCCUUCAAGUCAACCAUCUCUGCCAAUCCUCUUCAAACCCCUCUCACUCUUGGCCCACGCCGCCCCUCCGAUCCCUCCAGUGCUGCCGGAACUCGUCGAGCUUGCAUCGUUUGGUUUCGCAAUGACUUGCGUGUCAAUGAUAAUGAGUGCCUCAACUCUGCCAACAAUGACUCUAUGUCUGUUUUGCCGGUUUAUUGUUUUGACCCGAUGGAUUAUGGCAAAUCCUCAUCUGGGUUUGAUAAAACUGGGCCAUAUCGUGCCAAUUUCUUGAUUGAAUCGGUCUCUGACCUCCGCAAGAACUUGCAGGCUAGAGGGUCUGAUCUUGUGGUGAGAGUUGGGAGACCAGAGACUGUAUUGGUUGAAUUGGCAAAGGCUAUUGGAGCUGAUGCUGUGUAUGCACAUAGAGAGGUGUCUCAUGAUGAGGUGAAGUCAGAGGAGAAGAUUGAAGAGGCUAUGAAAGAUGAGGGAGUUGAGGUUAAGUACUUUUGGGGAAGUACUUUGUAUCAUUUGGAUGAUUUGCCUUUCAAGUUGGAAGAUAUGCCAUCGAAUUACGGUGGGUUUAGGGAGAAAGUGCAGGGGUUGGAGAUUAGGACGACCAUUGAGACUUUGGAUCAAUUAAAGGGUUUGCCUUCAAGAGGAGAUGUGGAGCCUGGGGAUAUCCCUAAUUUAUUGGAUUUGGGUCUCAACCCAGCUCAGGAUGGAAAGGCAGCUGCAAAUGCUUCUAUGGUGGGAGGCGAGACUGAAGCACUACAAAGGCUCAAAAAAUUUGCAGCUGAGUGCCAAGCACAACCUCCCAAGGGAACCAAUGGCAGCCAUGACAGCAUAUAUGGUGCAAACUUUUCAUGCAAAAUUUCUCCAUGGCUCACAAUGGGAUGUAUCUCACCCCGUUCCAUGUUUGAUGAGCUUAAGAAGACUGCUACAAGAACAAUUUCUGCUGCCUCAAAUCGCAGUGGUGAUGGUAACGGUUCACCUGACACUGGAAUGAACUGGUUGAUGUUUGAGUUGUUGUGGAGGGAUUUCUUCAGAUUCAUUACCAAGAAAUAUAGUGUUCCAAAGAAACAGCUGGAAGCAACUCCAGCCACAGCUUGUACGGGGGCACUUGCUUAG